AUGAGGCAUCAGAACAGCAAAUCCGUGAACAAGCCAGUGAUUCUUCCCCACACCACAGUGGUGGAGAAUGCGGGCAGCCCAACCACGGGAGCUCCAACCCGGAGACCGCGUCAUGGUCCUGGUCCCCAGCUCUACCUGCAAGUUCCUGGCCUCCUGGAAAGGGCCCUACUCGGUGGUGGAGAGGGUUGGACCAGUCACAUACCGGCUGAGACAGCCGGGACGGCGGCAGACGGAGCAACUCUAUCACAUCAACCUCCUGAAGAAGUGGGUGGGGACCCGGGACCAAGUAGCUGCCCUGAGCCUCACCGAACCCGUGGUUGUGGAUGUAAACCCCCAUCUCUCAGCGGCCCAGAAGACGGAGCUGCAGCACCUGGUCAGUCAGUUCCAGGAUGUGUUCUCCUCCCAGCCCGGGCAGACAACGUGCUACAGCAUGACAUUAGGACACCCCCAGGAGUUGUCGUCAGGCAACGGCCCUACCAUGUCCCGGAAGCUCGUCGGCAGGCUAUUGAGGAAGAGGUCCAACAAAUGCUGAAGUUGGGGGUAAUAGAACCAUCCCGGAGUCCGUGGUUCAGCCCCAUUGUGAUGGUCCCAAAGCCGGAUGGCACCCUCCGCUUUUGUAACGACUUCCGCCGCCUGAACGAAGUCUCCGAGUUCGACGGGUACCCCAUGCCUCGGGUCGACGAACUGCUGCCCGCCUAG